AUGACUUUCUUUGGAUCUGAGUCCUUGUUAGCAAUGGCAUCAAUGUGUAAAGCCGUUGUCAAAUGUUCGGCUGAUAAGUCUGUUGUGAUAAAUUCCGCUACCAACACUGGUGGUGCUAACCAUCUGUUCUUGAAUCCCCAGAAGGUAUUGUCAACACGUACUGUCGAUGUGGAUGAACAUUUCGGAAAAGGUGUCAGUUGGUUGAAGUUGUGA